GGGCUCAUUUCGUCAAGUUACCUGUGAUGUUCCUUGGAGCCUGUGAUGUUCGCAUUCCUGGACAACGAAGCCGUCCGGUUCGCGAAGCCGUCGGACGGCCAUGGUUCCGACAGACACGCGGCAUGGAGACGGAAGGUCUCCAAGUGGCUCUGAGGAAGCUCCGAUUGGGUUCGCCUCAAGACGAGGAGGACAUUUGCUUCGUCUUUCGGCAUUUUGCACAUGAGGAAGAGAGAGGCUUGCGGCUUUCGCCUUUGGAGCUGAAGGCUUUGCUGGAGGCGCUGCACGGCCCCAGUCCUGAAGGCUUCGCUGAACGGCUCUUCCAGGCGUGGGCACCGAAUGGCUUCCUGACGGAGGGUCGCUUCAAAGCAGGAUUCAAGGUCUACGCUGUGCAGCAUGAGUCCUGGGUGCAACAAUGGUGGCUCGCCACCAGCGGAGGAACCUCCGACCAAGCACCCAGUGAGACUCUCGUGCAGGAGGUGCGCAAGGAUCAUGAAACGGCCAGCUUCGAAGAGUUCCAGAGCUUUGCCAACACUUUGGCCGAGGACUUUGUACCUCCGCCAACUUCAUUCUUGCAGGCCGUUUGGAAGGCGGCCAUGGAGCGAGGCCAAAGCUCCACGCUUCAGCCGAUCUCCGAUGCGGCUUAUGAUGCGCUGCUCCAUGCCUACAGCUCCCAAUGGCGCUUGUGGCUGGAAGAUUGGAUCUCUGAAAGACAGGUGGUCAUGGAGUUGCCGACUGAGCAGGACGAGGAAGUGAAAGCUGCUAUCACUGUGCAGCGGCAUUAUCGUGCUCACAAAGCUCGGCAGAAGGUGAAAAGCAAGCGCGUAGAGGUACUAACUCACGACCUGGCUGAAACCAUGGCCAACAAGGAACGGGCUGCGAAGCUUUUUCAACACUUCGCCGGUGGAAAGGAUCACUGGACGGCAGAGGACAUGUCCAGAUUUUGUACCGCGCUCUGGCAACAAGAACAUUUGCCUGUGCCGCCACGGAUCUUUGGUCUGGAUGCCUUGAAGAAGGUCCGUGCUCUGGGGGCGAGGUCUUCCAAGUCCAAGGCCAAAGCCACUCAGAGCGAGGACCUGACAGACCUCGAGGCAGAGAUUCUGAGGAGGAAGGAGUUUCGGCGUGGAAUGAUGCCAUGGAACCAGAAACGCUUCAAGCAGCUUCAGAAGUGGGAGAGGGCACGCUACAACGAGGUCUAUGCUUGCCCAUGUUGCCGCGAGCGUUUUCGUGUGGCCCCAACCACCGGAGGCCUGGAGAUCGCCAAGGUGGUGGACGAAGGAAUGACCCCAGGAGUGGCGGCGUUGACCGGUCCUCAAGCGGCACUACGAGUUGGGAUUCGUGGGCGCAUGUUUGUGGGAAGUGCUGCACGAAAACUACCGCAUCCACAUGAGGUGGCGGCACUGCACAAUCAGGUUGCACGGAACGUUGCGCAGGGUGCGGCCAUUUGCGCCUUGCCACCCGGCAGCGCUCGGCCCGCCUUGGCGGGGCGGCUGUUGCUGGAAGCGGCUGUCUCCGGAUCCAGCACUGGUGCACCACUUCUGCUCCUGGCGGACGACGCCGAGCUGGAGGCCGUGAAGUUGUGGUUGGCGGCGACGGCGCCCAAGUAUCAGGUCUUCAAGGCCUCGCCGCGGCAACGGAACCAAGCCUUUGCCAAGGUGUCGGGCCGGGAGCUUGCUGCCAUCCUCAUGGCAACUCCUGUAACCUUUGAACAAUUGCCCUUGGAGACGGGUCAGUUGGACUAUGUUCUCAUGACCUGCUCUGCUGGUCAGAUACCAAUGCUUCGCGAGUGUCAAGACGAUGCACCUUUCACCAUCACUAGCAGGAGGCCGCGGGUGGUUUGCUUGCUGGACGCCACCUCUGAAGUGCACCAAGCCUUACAAAGUCACCUGGAGGCGGUACAGGAGGCAAAAGGGCACAUGUUCAAGGCUUUGAAUCACUUGGAGGCGGCGCAGUUUGAUGGUCAAGAAGGACAAGCACAGGUGCGCCUCGAAGACUUUCGUCGGCACGUCUCCCGCUUCCCGGCAGUCGUCCGCCUGGAAGCGGAGGAGGUACCAGAGGCACCCGAGCUGCCCUUGGGUUUUACGGGGCCCCUUCAGCCCUUGAGGAGACGUGCGGUCAGACAGGAGCAGGUGUCCAGCGAUGAAACUGAAGAAUCUGACAGCCCUACACUGCAGGCCCCAAGCUCAAAACCGGCUAAGCCCGCAACACCUCCAGCGGAAGCGCCCAAGACUGAUUUGCUGCGCUUCUUCUGAGUGUGGUGCUGGGACCAUCGCCGCUCAGAGCACCUGAUGGCCAAGAUUCAUUUUCAAGGAGCAGCGUCUUCGCAGCCGGUCAAGCUCGAGCGGUCAAGCUCGCGACGCGAGGUAUCGAGCACAAUGGAGGGAUAGCGCAGGGCAGCGGACGUCCUUGAGCUGAAGCAAAGCUUGCAAGAUCCUGGAAGUAUGUUUGGUACCGUGGACAUACCUUCAGGUAGUUUAGGAGUAGGAGGAUCCAGCAUCAGCAGAUCCUCCUCCAAGUUCAAGCAGAAUCUCUUGGAAAUGAGCAGAUGCGAAGCUAGCUCUUUCCUUUGUGGCAAUUUGAGCAACACAUGUUGGGCGAAGAAGAAGAAGCUCGAAUUGCACGCGGA